CAUCCCCUCAAAGCUGAACUCAGGAUAACCGCAGAAGGGAAAGACCUCAUCUUGGACCUGGAGAAGAAUGAGUACCUCUUUGCUCCUGGCUUCACAGAAACCCAGUAUACACCAAGUGGAAAUCGUCAGGUCACACCAUUGAAAGGGGAGGAUGACUGUUUUUACCAUGGGAAAGUGAGAAGGGAAGAACAAUCCAGUGUUACACUCAGCACCUGCAGAGGCAUCAGAGGCCUGAUUGUGGUGAGCAGCAACCUUAGUUAUCUCAUCGAACCCCUUCCUGAUGGGCAAGGUCAGCAUCUUAUUUACAGAUCAGAACAUCUCAAGUUGCCUGCUGGGACUUGUGGUUAUGAGCAUUCCCAGCCCAAUGCCACGGACUGGGUUCUGCAGUUCACAAACCAAGCCAGGAAGCAUCAACGCAGGGUCAGGAGGGAAGAUUUACAGUCUAUGAAGUAUGUGGAGCUCUACUUGGUAGCAGAUUAUGAAGAGUUUCAGAAGAACCGUCGAGACCAGGUCGCCACCAAACACAAACUCAUGGAGAUCGCUAAUUAUGUUGAUAAGUUUUAUCGCUCCUUGAAUAUCCGCAUUGCCCUCGUGGGCUUGGAAGUCUGGACACACGGAAAUAUGUGUGAAGUCUCAGAGAAUCCCUAUUCUACUCUCUGGUCCUUUCUCAGCUGGAGGCGCAAGCUGCUUGUACAGAAGAACCAUGACAAUGCCCAGUUGAUCACGGGAAUGUCUUUCCAUGGCACUACAAUUGGCCUGGCCCCACUGAUGGCCAUGUGCUCUGUGUACCAGUCUGGAGGGGUCAACAUGGAUCACUCAGAGAAUGCCAUUGGGGUCGCUGCCACCAUGGCCCAUGAGAUGGGCCACAACUUUGGAAUGAGCCAUGACUCUGCAGACUGCUGCUCAGCGAGCGCUGCGGAUGGCGGGUGCAUCAUGGCUGCUGCCACCGGGCACCCCUUUCCCAAGGUGUUCAACUGGUGCAACAGGAGGGAGCUGGACAGGUACCUGCAGUCAGGAGGUGGCAUGUGCCUUUCCAACAUGCCAGAUACCAGGACAUUGUAUGGUGGCCAGAGGUGUGGAAAUGGGUACCUGGAAGAUGGGGAAGAGUGUGAUUGUGGUGAGGAGGAGGAAUGCCACAAUCCCUGCUGCAAUGCUUCCAAUUGUACUCUGAAGCCAGGGGCGGAGUGUGCACAUGGCUCGUGCUGCCACCAGUGCAAGCUGCUACCUCCAGGCACUCUGUGCCGUGAGCAGUCCCGGCAGUGCGACCUCCCGGAGUUCUGUACUGGCAAGUCACCUCAUUGUCCUACCAACUUCUACCAGAUGGAUGGCACCCCAUGUGAAGGCGGGCAGGCUUACUGUUACAAUGGCAUGUGCCUUACCUACCAGGAGCAGUGCCAACAACUCUGGGGUCCUGGAGCUCGCCCUGCCCCUGACCUCUGCUUUGAGAAGGUGAACGUAGCAGGAGACCCUUUUGGGAAUUGUGGGAAGGACAUGAAUGGAGAACACAAGAAGUGUGCCAUGAGAGAUGCUAAGUGUGGGAAGAUCCAGUGUCAGAGUUCCGAGGCCAGACCCCUGGAGUCCAAUGCAGUGCCUAUUGAUACCACCAUCACUGUGAAUGGGAAGAAAAUCCGCUGCCGGGGCACCCACGUGUACCGAGGUCCAGAGGAAGAGGGAGACAUGCUGGAUCCAGGGCUGGUGAUGACGGGAACCAAGUGUGGCUAUAACCAUAUUUGCUUCGAGGGGCAAUGCAGGAACACCUCUUUUUUUGAAACUGAAGGUUGUGGGAAGAAAUGCCAUGGCAAUGGGGUCUGUAACAAUAAACAGAAUUGUCAUUGCUUCCAAGGAUGGGCUCCACCUUUCUGCAACACCGUAGGCCAUGGAGGCAGCAUCGACAGUGGGCCCAUGCCCCCCCAGAGUGUUGGCCCCGUGGUAGCUGGAGUGUUGACCGCCAUCUUAUUGUUGGGUAUCAUCCUACUGGUGCUCUAUUACUGCAAAAGGCACAGACUGGGCCCUCUCAAACCCUCAGCUCUCCCUUCCAAGUGGAGGCAGCCAUUCAGUUGCCCCUUCAAGGUGACCCAGAAUGGUGGGACUGGCCAUGCCAACCCAACUUUCAAGUUACAGACACCCCAGGGAAAGAGAAAGGUUACUAACACGCCUGAGGUUCCUCGCAAGCCAUCACAACCUCCCCCCAGACCACCUCCAGACUAUAUGCAUGGGGGGUCCCCACCUCCCCCUCUCUCGGUACACCUCAGUAGGGACAUCAGGAACUCCCCAGGGGUCAUGACCCAAGUGGAAAGAAAAGAAUCUGUGAGAAGACCUCCCCCAAGCCGGCCAGUGCCUCCAGCUCCAAAUUAUAUUGCUACCCAGGAGUUCUCCAGACCCCGCCCACCCCAGAAAGCUCUGCCUGCCAAUCCGGUGCUGGGUCGCAAGACAUUCCCAAAGAAAGGUGGCUCCUCUGCCUUGCUGCCGCCUGUGGCUGGAAGCAGCCCCCGCUACCUUCAGCCACUAGUGACUCCAGCUCCUAAGUUUCCAGAUUUUAGAGCCCAGAGGGCUGGAGGAGUAACUAGCUCAAAAAUCUGAUCCCAACACUUGACUUGAGGAGUCCCAACUGGAGUUCCCUUUUUCCACGAAGAGCUUGGAAAUCACAAAAGAUAUCGUGGCUGUGUACUCAGGCAGAACCAUAUCUAGUCACUUGCCAUCUUAAUUAACUUACCUCCUCCCCCUACCUUCAACCUCAUCACCUCCAAUUUUUGGAUACUUUGACCCAGAAGUAGUAUGGUCUAGCUUCUUUUGGAAGCCCAAAGUGACUUAUUUCUAACAAAAUUUAAGUGUCAUUUUGUGCAAUAUAUGAUUUGGGGAGGGGAAGAGAGUAGGAACCUGGGAAAGAAGAUGAACAUUGGCUUCACCUGACUGUCAACCACUCAGCAUAUCUGCAGAGAUUGGGUCACUUACCUUCCAGUGGUCACCUAAGCCCUCCAAGACUGGCACUGGAAGAGAAAUUGGGCUAAUGAGGGAUGUCACAUCUAUCUCCUAAGCCAUCUCAUAUCAAGACUCAGCCUGGAGAAGCCAUCCUGGAGAAGGAUCCAUCUACCAUGUCUUCCAUGCCUUCUCUAAGAAGUUGGAACAAGUGGUUCAGCUCCAGGGAACCCUGGGACCCAGAGAAGAACCAGAGGAAAAUCGCUGUUGUGAUCAAGUGUGUGAGGUCACAUGAGCCAUCUUGGUUGGGAUACUUUGUGUUGAUUUCUUGUUCAUCUGUGAUGCUUAUCCUGUGGAGGUCUGAAUACUUCUCCUUCCCUACUCCCUUUCCCCCUUCUCCAUUAUUCAUAUGGGUCUUUUUUGACUCAGAUAGGUACUACAGCUAGGUUAACCUCUCCAUCUACAAUAACAUAGACAGCAGGGGGAGCGCUAUGUUUGUGCCUCCUCUGAGCCAUAAUGGUAAUGCCAAAGGUCAUGAGUACCAAUAGUCUGGGACUCUUAUCCUCCUGGUGCGUAUCAGGUACAUUCCAUUCUAGCACUAGCUACCCUGGAGUUCCACUGUUUGAUCCCUCCCCUCCCACCUCACUGUCCCUCAGGCCUUCGACUAUAAUGAUGUGUGGUGCUUUGGUGAAUGGACACUAUCAAGCCCUGUCUUCCCAGGGAUGUGGUGCGUAUAGCUAUCCUCAGGGCUCAUUAGUAAUUCCCUAAAACUGCAAGAGGGUCUUGCUUAGAAAUCUGUGUUUAUCUUUGUGUUUUGGGCUUCCUCAGGAUUGCUGACCAGAAGAGGAUUGGCAAGGCAGAGACAUUAAUGAUUGCUCUCCCACCCCCCACUUAGUUUAUUUUUAAUUUUGUUUCAUGAAAUCAGGGGUAAAAGCAGACAUUUUGGUUUUCAAUGUGAAUCUAAGGAAUUGCCAUGUGACUUGGAUUAACUCUGUCUACCUGGUCAGGCUGUCUUUUAUCUAAUGUUCAGCCCUCUCCAGUCAAAUAUUCCAGAAAGAAUACAUCCCUUGAAUUUCCCAACUCUGAAAAAUGUUCUCCCUAGCACAAGACCCAGAAGAGUGUCCAGAUCGCAAAUCCAUUUGGAAUGUUGCUGCAGCAUUCUUCCUGCCAGUCAGCUCACAGCCCCUUUAUAAAUGGUCCAUCCUAAAUGACCCAGUUCCUCAUAGAUCUGUGGGAGCUAUCCCAGAAAAGAAUAUUUGCAUCUAGGGGAGACAAUGAAAAGAAAAAUGGCUUCAUUAGCCAUUUGUACAUUGACAGAGAUUCCAGUUGUAAAGCCAGCUGUUUUCUCUAGCCUUCUGGAAGCCUCUCUCCUGAUCCCUAGUUAUAGGAGAUGGACAGCUGAGAUGUCUAGCUGAUGGGAGAAGGGCAAGCCAGGCAUUUAAUUCUAAAAUCAUUUCUCCCUGAAACAACACGGAAAGGAAACUAAUGAUUUACUUUUUCAAAAACCUCUUUCUCCUUCCUACUCCUUGUCUCCACGAAUGGGCAUUGGGAACUGGAAAUAGGUGAAUUUUCUCUGGAUCUCUGACCCAUGUAUUGUUUCUGCCUCUAUUCUGUAUAGGCAGGUCAAGCUGAUAGAAUCUCAGGCUACAAAGAGCUUUAGUCACUGCCCCUGUACCCUGAUUCCCAUUUCUUUACCAUGCCUAAGAAGCACUGCUCAGGAUAGAAGCCCAAGAAAAUCCCAGGGAAUAUAAAAUUCAGAAACCAACUGGAAAGGUACUCCAGUCCCUUUCGAAGCUGUAGGCUGAGGCUUUGCAAAAACAAAACCUUCCAAAGUAAACUUUCAGUACAUGGGCAUGUGUGUAUGUGAGAGAGACAGAGAGAGACAGAGAGAGAGAGAGAGAGAGAGAGAGAGAGACAGAGAGAGAGA